CCUUCGCCCCGCCCCCUCGGGCUCCCCGUCCCCGCGCCUCCUCCUGGCCGCCUCCCGCCGGAACCGCGCCGCCCCCCGCGCCCUUGUAUGGCCAAAGCUCGCCGGGCCUUGUGCGUCAGUGGCGCCCCCGCCCCUCUCCAUGCGUCACGGAGCGCUUAAGAGGUGGGUCGGGCUCGCCAGGGGAGCCCCAGUGCAGGAGGCUGCGAAAGUUGGGGGAGUGUGCGAGAAGGACUGUGGAGCGCACGCGGGACCAGACUGGGUCACUGGUCCCGGCCACGGGGAGCAGGAGUCGGCCGGAGAUGCCCUGUAUCCAAGCUCAAUAUGGAACACCAGCAACGAGCCCAGGACCGCGUGACCACCUGACAGGUGAUCCCCUGGCCCUUGAGUUCGGCAAGCCUACCAUGGACCUGGCCAGCCCCGAGACAGCGCCCACCGCACCUGCUACGCUGCCCAGCUUCAGCACCUUCAUGGACGGGUACACUGGAGAGUUUGACACCUUCCUAUACCAGCUGCCGGGGACAACCCAGCCGUGUUCCUCAGCUUGUUGCUCGGCCUCCUCCACGUCUUCUUCCUCAUCCUCGGCCACCUCCCCCUCUUCGGCUUCCUUCAAGUUUGAGGACUUCCAGGUGUACGGCUGCUACCCUGGCACCUUGAGUGGCCCAUUAGAUGAGAACCUAUCCUCCAGCGGCUCUGAUUACUAUGGCAGUCCCUGCUCAGCCCCCUCACCAUCUACACCCAACUUCCCGCCAUCCCAGCUUUCUCCCUGGGACGGCUCAUUUGGCCACUUCUCCCCCAGCCAGACUUACGAAGGCCUUCGGGCAUGGACAGAGCAGUUGCCUAAGGCUUCUGGGCCUCCACCACCUCCAACCUUCUUCUCCUUCAGUCCUCCCACUGGCCCCAGCCCCAGUCUGGCCCAGAGUUCCCUCAAGUUGUUCCCACCACCAGCCACCCACCAGCUUGGGGAGGGAGAGAGCUAUUCCAUGCCAGCGGCUUUCCCAGGCUUGGCACCCACCUCUCCGAACCGUGACACUUCUGGCAUUCUGGAUGCACCUGUGACCUCCACCAAGGCCCGGAGUGGGGCUUCGAGUGGCAAUGAGGGCCGCUGUGCUGUCUGUGGCGACAACGCUUCAUGUCAGCAUUAUGGGGUCCGCACCUGUGAGGGCUGCAAGGGCUUCUUCAAGCGCACAGUACAGAAAAGUGCCAAGUACAUCUGCCUGGCAAACAAGGACUGCCCUGUGGACAAGAGGCGGCGGAAUCGCUGCCAGUUCUGUCGCUUCCAGAAGUGCCUGGCUGUGGGCAUGGUGAAGGAAGUUGUCCGGACAGACAGCCUAAAGGGGCGGCGGGGCCGGCUACCUUCAAAACCCAAGCAGCCCCCCGAUACCUCCCCUACCAAUCUCCUCACUUCCCUCAUUCGAGCACACUUGGACUCCGGGCCUAGCACUGCCAAGUUGGACUAUUCCAAGUUCCAGGAACUGGUGCUGCCCCGCUUUGGGAAGGAAGAUGCUGGUGACGUGCAGCAGUUUUAUGACUUGCUCUCUGGUUCCCUGGACGUCAUCCGGAAGUGGGCAGAAAAGAUCCCUGGCUUCAUUGAACUUUCCCCGGGAGACCAAGACCUGCUGCUAGAGUCUGCUUUCCUGGAGCUCUUCAUCCUCCGCCUGGCCUACCGAUCUAAGCCUGGUGAGGGGAAGCUCAUCUUCUGCUCCGGCCUGGUGCUACACCGGCUACAGUGCGCCCGUGGCUUUGGCGAUUGGAUUGACAACAUCUUAGCCUUCUCGAGGUCCCUGCACAGCUUGGGCGUUGAUGUUCCUGCCUUUGCCUGCCUGUCUGCUCUGGUCCUCAUCACUGAUCGACACGGGCUCCAAGACCCUAGGAGGGUGGAGGAGCUGCAGAACCGCAUUGCUAGCUGUCUGAAAGAACACAUGGCUACUGUGGCAGGAGACCCACAGCCCGCCAGCUGCCUGUCACGUCUACUGGGAAAACUGCCUGAGCUUCGGACCCUGUGCACCCAAGGCCUGCAGCGCAUCUUUUGCCUCAAGCUAGAGGACUUGGUGCCCCCUCCACCUAUUGUGGACAAGAUCUUUAUGGACACAUUGUCUUUCUGAUCCCUGCCCUGAACAUGCGUGCGCACACGUGCAUGCUCUUCUGUCACCCAUGUGCCUUUAAGCCCAUAGCCCACGGACCCCCAGACCUCCCCACCCCCAGCCUGUUUUUGAGCUAAGACUGGUGUACCUCCUCAUUCCAGAAGAUGGACAGAGAGGCUCAAGACCUGGGGGAGGGUGUGUAUUCAUCCCUCCAGCUCAGUCCUGGCCUUCGUGUGUUUUUGUAAGAUAAACCAUUUUUAACACAUACCACUCUGCUGUAAAUAAGCUGCCGCUGUUGUAAAUAUAGAAAGGAAGAGGUUAAGGUGGGGGUUGGGAGGAAGGGGUGGGGCCCCCACAGCUGGGCAAGCCUUUCGAGCCUCCAGCUUGAGAUCUCUUCCAUUCUCCUUCCAUGUGUACAUAACUGUCACUCAAGAAGAUGAUUGACAGAUUCUGAUUUAUAUUUGUGUAUUUUUCCUGGAUUUAUAGGAUGUGACUUUUCUGAUUAAUAUAUUUAAUAUAUUGAAUAAAAAAUAGACAUGUAGCUGAAA